AUGAUUCUAGUGAAACUGAUUGAAGACGACAACGGACUCGGGUCGCUGCCUGAAUGGGCCGCUGUGGAAGUGCAAGGUGAGCUCGAAACCCGCCGGCAUACGCCGCUCGAACGCCAGUACGUCGGUGACCUGUUUGCGACCAUUCAUGAUGGCGUGCCCAUAUUGAUCAUCGGCCAUCAUAUCCUGUACGGCAAAGCGCAGACGUUCGAGAAGCCAUUCGCCGUGAUGAAGAAGAAGUCUGACGCAGACGAGUACGUGGUCGAGGCCAUUGUCACCAAAAAGUUGCUGUUCAAAAACCGGCCCAAGCCCAUCAUUGCCUGUCAUUCCGACGACCUCUGA